CUCGGCAUGGCUCAUGGCGGAAUCCAGUUACCCUGACAACACUUCAAGUUUGUUGAAUUUCCAUUCGGUUCCAGAAGAAAAAUAGUUAAUUUUGCCAUGCCAGAGCAGCAAAUUCCCGCUUACGAGAGACCAUCCUCGAGUUCUUCGUCGGAACCCGUGUCCCAGGAGCACUCCCUCGGUGUCAUCGACGAGCGCAGAAACAACGCAAAUGACCGCGAAAAUCAAUUUGUGGCCAUUCGCAAUCUGAUGAACAAUAAUCGCACUUCCCGAAGUGGUAUCCGGCCGAUGUUUCCACAUGUUCCAUUCGAGCGAUCAUUCAUUCCCGCGCCAACCCGAUACUAUCCGAUAGUGAUCCCCGCGGAACCGACCAUCGAAGAUUUACUGCGUCAAGCAGCCGGAACCAGCGAACUGCACGUGGUGACUGAAAUCAAGCUAAAGGUAAUCUCCCACAUGACCAGUCUGCAGCGAAUCCCGUUUUUCAUACCGAAUUUGCGGGCUCUCACGCUGGAGGGCAGCAUUGUGACGACCUUGAGGGAUUUGGGUUGCGAUAUGACGUCGCUGGUUUACCUGAACGUGAGCCGAUGCAGUUUGAAGAACUUGGAUGGCACUAGCGGGUUGGAAACCCUGGAGGAACUGGUGGCUGACUACAAUGCGAUCGAGGAAGUCGGUCCUUGCACUAACUUGACCAUGAUCAAGAAGAUUAGCUUGAAAGGCAACCGGAUAAUUGACCUUGGCAGUUGCACCUUCCUUGCACUUUGCGAACACCUAGAAGUGUUGGACCUCCGCGAGAACUUCGUUUCGGAGAAUCCGUCAUUCCGUCACGUGCUGAAGGAAAACAUUCCGCAGCUUCGUUGCCUGAAUGAGAUUCCGUUCUCCGAAGUGGCUCGAGAGGAGCAUUCGGACAUGUCCAGCUCCGAGUACAGGUCCAGCUCUUCGAGUAACGACGAUGACCAACGUGGUCGUUGGGAUGUGAGAGGUGCUGGCGACGGAGCUUGGAACGAACGACAACUUCGACCGGCCACAAGUCACCAAGAACGAACCGUUACCGUAGAACUGUUGGACGACGCCCGUCCCGCAUCAGCUGAUGCAACUAAAAUAAAGAGCCAGUUAACGUCCGGUGAACCUAUUUGCGGCACGAUCGUUACAAAAGCGCGCCGAACUCGAAGGCAACGCACCGCUUGGGGAGAAUCCACUUCUUGUUCCAGUAUGAGCAGUUCUGAUUCAUCGUACUCGAAAGAUUUCCCUGAUCGGCUACCACAAAAACACGUUGAUUUGGAGCUGGGUGUUAUCGGAAUGCAAAAUCAACCGAGCGUAGCAGCAGCAGAUGUUACCGGCGACGACUCACAAAGUUUGCUUCGAGCGGCGCGAAUGUGGCGUCAACGAUCGCUUCAAACGCGGGAAGCUAUUCGUGAACAAGACCAACUCACACGUCAAAUGAGUGACGGUUAGCAUUUCACGUGAUUUUAAACUAAAGGCUUUGUUGUUGAAUACACAUGUACAAAUUUUAUUCUUACUAAUAAACACUACACAUUAGUUAAAAAAACGGUAUCAGUUUGGCAGAACAAGGAAGUCACGAAUUAUCUUGUUAACGAGUACAGGAUGAUCUUGUUGCAUGUAAUGUCUGGACCCAGGUAUAACUCUGCAUCGCAGGCGAGGCAUGCUCUUCAUCAACAAUUGUCCACUUUGCAUAGUUAUAAAUUGAUCGUUCUCAGCCAUCAAAUAGAGCCCUGGAGCAUAUGUUUCUAUUAUUGGCAGUUUUUCCUCCUUCCGCA